AUGUCUUCGACCAAUCCAAUUCCAAACCUUGAAGCAGGUAUUCAAUACUGGGCCACUCAGCCCGCAAACUACGACGGCGUGCUUGGUGGAUUUGGAACGGGGUCACUUCCUCGUGUCGAUUCUCUUGGAUCACGUCGUUUCCUCCUCGACCUCCUUCCUGAAUUAUCCACAGUCCCAUCACCGUUUCGCAAUCUCUCCGCCCCUCCAUCCGAAACUAAGCGUGUGAGAGCUCUUGACGUUGGUGCAGGUGUCGGGCGUGUCACAUCAGACGUCCUCCUUCAUCUUGUCUCGGAUGUUGUCCUGCUUGAGCCUGUAGAGCCUUUCAUCAACGAAGCCCGAUCACGUGGAAAAGCCAGCGAAUCCGGUUUAGAAAUCAACGACAGCGGAUAUAGGAUUUCAUGGAAGGGUAUCGCUGAUCGAUCGAAGAGUGUCACAUUCUUGCAAGGUGCCUUGCAAUCUUUUGACCCGGUCGUACCAGGGACACCUCUGGAUCGUGUCGGUUAUCUGCCGCAAGGUGGUGAUGACGAAACGGAAACGGGAUUCGAUGUGAUAUGGUGCCAAUGGUGCCUCGGUCACUUGAGAGAUGAUGAUCUUGUGCAGUUCCUUCAGAGGAGCAAGAAGGCUCUACGUGAUGCGAGGAGUCUCAUCGUAGUGAAGGAGAAUAUAUGCGGCAAGCAAAAUGAGCCGGUGACUGUUUUUGACGAGCAAGACUCUACCUUCACUCGGUCAGAUCUCGCAUUCAGAAAUAUUUUCCGGGAUGCUGGUCUCAAAAUCAUUGAAGAGAAAAUUCAACACGGGCUUCCCAAAGGACUAUACCCUGUGAAAAUGUACGCACUACGGGAGGCAUGA